AUGCGCCACUGUUUUCCCCCGGGCCUCGGGAAGGAAAUAGAAACUCGAAACGGGAAUAUUACAGCCGCAGAACCCGUCGCACCUUUAGUUCCGAAAGUGACUCGUUCGUUGUUGGACUCGCAGUUGGGGCAUUUGGCUGACGAAAUUGUGAUGCCGAGGAGAGCGAAUAAUUCUGAAGACGCUGCUGCGCAAGCUGAAGCUGCCAUUAUCGAGGACAGGGCUGUGGAAGCCAUGAACAUGUCUGGGGAAAGAGGAAACGGGGUCGUUAGUGACGAUAAUCCCGUCGCUGAUUUGGAAUACAACAAUGAAGCUGAAGCCGUGGACAGGGGAGAAGGAUUUGGUGGACCCUACGAAGCACCGUACUAUCCGAUUCAAGAAAUUGAAGCUAGAAAAACUCUUGCAAGUCGUCGCUUGACACGGACGAAGGUCAGGGUUGAUGCAAAUGGUCAUCCAAGAGUUGGAGCCAUUCGUGUUUCCGCAACAUCGAGCAGUAGCAGCGAAGGAGUCGCUGCUCAGGAUACCACCAAUACUGGCAGGUCUUCAAUCGGCAAGAAAACGUGGUCCAACAAUUAUGGUUCGAGCGGAGCGGAUUCGUCGGAAGAGGAAGGUAGACCGUCGCAUGGGAGGUCGGAUGUCGGACAACGCAUGCCGGUGAAGCGCGACGCCCCGAUCAACGUGAAUUCGACGACGGCGCCGUCGUCGUCAUUGAGGUCCAUGAAGCCAAGCAUGCCGUAUGUGACGUCCACGUCUCAGCUGUUGGAUUUGGAUCCUAAGUUCCAGCGCGUCCGGAUCACUGGAGACGAUAAUGUGCCGAUACUCGAUCUGGACCAUGUCCGUUGCUCUGUGCUCCUCGUGCAAGCCCUGCGUCUGCGAGAGCGAUACGUGAGCCUCAGCGGACAAUCCAUGUGCAGCACGACCCUACGCUUGCUGCAGUCACUCGAAGACCGCGGCUACGAGGAAGAAGGUACACCGGAAGUUGGCAAUACCGAAUCUGCGCAAAUUCGUGCUUCGUCUGGCGGCUCUGGGACGCCGCGUGUCAAGAAAGUCAACUGGUUCGUGGCGCCGACUGACGGUGGGAGCGGCGCGGAUUCCGCUGUCGGCGGCGGCGGCUUCUGCAGUCCUGCCUUGGGCUUGCCGUCAGAAGAAAAGAAGAGCAUCGAAGACCAUCCGAUUCAUCCGCCGCCGAAAAGAGGCGAUCCGUUUGCUGUGGAGAAGUUGGCGGAUUUGGGCUUCAAGCUCCAAGCCCCGAAGGGGGUGUACUUGGUUUAUGAGAAUCAAGAGGCACUGGAUGCGGGGAAACCGUUGGAUUUUGCUUUUCCGGAUUGGGACCAGUUUUGCUCCGAUAUUGCGUUGAUGUUGGCCAUGAUUGCCAAUGGACCAUUAAAGUCGUAUUGCUUCCGACGUUUGCAGUAUUUAUCUUCCAAAUACCACCUUCAUGCUCUGCUGAAUGAGCCUCAUGAACUGGCGGAACAAAAGACGAUCCCUCAUCGAGACUUCUACAAUAUUCGAAAGGUGGAUACGCACAUUCACGCGGCGUCGUGCAUGAACCAGAAGCAUUUGCUGCGCUUCAUAAAGAAGGCGAUGCGGACUUGUUCCAACGAGGCUGUGACUAAAGCUGCUGAUGGAACACCGAUGAGUUUGCAGAACGUUUUCGAGUCCUUGGGGGUGACUGCGUACGAUUUGUCAGUGGAUAUGCUCGACGUUCAUGCUGACCGGAACAUGUUCCACCGCUUUGACAAGUUCAACGCAAAAUAUAAUCCGAUCGGUGAAAGCAAACUGAGGGAAGUGUUCCUGAAAACUGACAACUACGUCGGUGGGAAAUAUUUUGCUCACAUCAUCAAGGAAGUUAUCAAUGACUUGGAGGACAGCAAGUACCAGAACGCCGAGUUGCGACUGUCCAUCUACGGGAAAUCUCGCGGCGAAUGGGACAGUUUGGCAAAAUGGGCCCUGGGGCAUAAUAUUUACUCUGAGAAUGUGGUUUGGCUCGUCCAACUGCCCCGGUUAUAUGACGUUUAUAGAAGCGCCAACAUUUUAAAUAAUUUCCAAGACGUCUUGGACAACAUUUUCGCCCCGUUGUUCGAAGCCACUUCCGACCCGACUUCUCAUCCGGAACUCCACGCGUUUCUCCAACACGUGACCGGGUUCGAUUCAGUGGAUGACGAGAGUAAACCCGAACAUCGUCCGACUCCGACCCGAACAAUGCCGAUCCCGCAGAACUGGAACAACAAGGAGAAUCCUCCGUAUGCGUAUUACUCGUAUUACGUUUAUGCUAACAUGACGGUGUUGAAUCAUUUCCGGAGAAUGCGAGGCUUGAACACUAUUGUGUUCCGGCCGCAUUCCGGGGAAGCAGGACCGAUACAGCAUUUGGUGGCGUCGUAUUUGCUGGCGGAGAACAUUUCUCAUGGUCUCCUCCUGAGGAAGGUGCCUGUGCUGCAGUAUCUGUUUUACCUGUGCCAAAUCCCAGUCGCCAUGUCGCCCCUGUCGAACAACUCUCUUUUCCUCAACUACAAUCGCAACCCGUUGCCCGAAUACCUGGCCCGAGGGAUCCCCGUGUCCCUGUCCACCGACGACCCGCUCAUGUUCCACUUCACCAAAGAGCCGCUAAUGGAAGAGUACUCGAUUGCAGCCCAGGUGUGGAAGCUGAGCUCGUGCGACAUGUGCGAGUUGGCCCGGAACUCGGUCCUCAUGUCUGGCUUUUCGCAUCGGGUCAAGCAACAUUGGCUGGGUCCGAAUUACGUCCGGGAAGGUGUCGCCGGGAACGAUAUUUCCCGCACGAAUGUCCCGGACAUCCGCAUUGCUUACCGUUACGAAACGUUGCUCGGAGAAUUGUCUGAGAUUUACGCGUUUUAUGAUCCGCAACUCGCUCCUCUCAGGAUCUAAAAGCUAGUCUCUCAUCUCAUCUGCGAAAGCAACGGUCUUCUUUUGUCUGCAUUUUGUUUUGUUGGUUUUUUGCUCUGCAUUUUUUCAAGCAUUUGAAAUGCAAAUGUCGAUCUUCGAAGCAUUUUCUAAACUGCGCGGAGAAGAGAUUCUGCAAAAUUGUAGGAUGGUGGUUGAAAGCAACUAAUCUGGAGAGCUUUCUUUUGAAACAUUUUUGAAGCCGCGUUUGUGCGAGGGUUGGAUCCUAAGUUUUGUUGCUACAUCAUCUUGAAAUAUUUCACGAGGUGUUUUCGAGAAGGGCUUUGCUUAAUAAAUCAAUUUUACUGCCUCGCCAAUUUUCAACCCAAUUUUAGAAAUCUCGCAAUCCGCACUGUGUAGGAAACGGUUUUUUGCUUAAAUUCUUCUUGUGCGCUGGAUCACAAAUCUUUGAUUGCACCGUGAAAUGGCAAGCCUUUUCUUGAUUCAAUGGUGAUCCUUUUCGAUUGUUUCCCUGAGUUUUACGGCCCGUUGGUAACUUUUUCUAAUAUCAACCCAACUCUAAAAUUCGCCAUCACUGACUCAAAAAUCACCACGGUUUUAUCCAGGCUUCCGUCCGAAGAAGGUUUUAGAUUUCUUGCAGGAUUUGAAGGCAAUGGAACUUUUUGCUCUCCUCUCCAUUAAAUUGUAUGCGCAAAAUUCUGAAAAAGAUAAUCGAAAAAGAGUCAGGAGGAAACCUUGAAAGUAUGAUAGAUCUGUGAUGAAGGAAUAGAUUGACAAAACUGUCGAACCAACUCAUGCAACUUGCAUCGUUUUCAUUUUGGAAUCUCGUAAUUUGUGCCAUUCGUUGUGAUGCGCUUCAUUUCCUAUUUUGGGAAGCAUUAAUGAAGCGUUUCAGAAUCAAAGUUUUUAUACGCAAAUUCAGAACAGACCGACUGAAAAAGACAGUUUUCAAGUAUUGCUGGAGGAACUAGAAAAAAAACCGUUUUCAUGAAAAGUCGACUUCAACUUGAAGAUUUGCAUGCAAGGACUUCCUGUCAUCGUACUGCGUCCUCUCGAUUUUGAAUUUAACUUCUCCCUUGCUUUCCUUUUUAUUAUGUUGCGUUUGCGUGAAAUCCCAAAAAGGAAAAACACUUGAAAGGUUGCAUUUACCCAUGGAGAAAGCUUAUGGAUUUUUUUUUUAUUCAUUGUCGUUUUCUUGUACGAGAACUCUGUAUUGUUCCCGAGUGCGUGGAAGUGAUGGAAGGAAAAAACAUUUUCGCUUUAGUUUCUAGAAAGAAAUGAUCCAAAAUAUGAAACUGAGUGAUGACAAUUUUCUCAACGAUCUCUCCUGAGGUUGAUACUGUCGGUAUGCAUUUAUUUUGUUUCACUUUCGCCCCGUGUUGCUUUAUGUGGUACUUGCAAGCAAAGAUCCCUGUGUGCGGUUCCCUAGAACGAUUUUUUUGAUCCCGGGAUGCGUGAAAUUGUCGCUUUAUCGUGCCGAGUAUCGUCGGCUUGUUGCGUAUGUGUCGCCUGUUCUCGCAGCUUGCCCGAGUUCUUCUUGUUUUUUUGUGAUCCGGAAUUGCGCCAUAGUUUAGUAAUAUCGUAGUUUAUACGAGAAAUUGAUUGCUUUCAGUUGAUCCUAGGAGGAGAUACGAACGAUAGCUGUGAGGCUGGUGAACGCAACACUAAUUCGCGUGUGACUGAUGAAGCUUUUUGGCUGCGUAAUUUUCGGGAAGGGAAUAUGUUUAAUGUGAAAGGGCAAGGAAAUAGAGGUUUAGUUGGUGCGCUUA